AUGCUGCGGCAGCUGCAGCAGCAGCUGCACUCUCAGCAGCUGCAGCGGCUGCUGAGCCCUUUGUUCCUGCUGCUGUUGCUGCUGCUGCUGCUGCUGCAGCAGCAGCAUCCAGCAGCAACAGCACAGCACGUGGGGGCUGAAGCCUGGCUGCUGCAGACAGCUGGACCAGUGGAGCAGCUGCUGCUGGGUCCCCCACCAGCAGCAGCAGCAGGAUCCCCAGCAGCAGCAGCAGCAGCAGCAACAGACUUAACUAGUGUUACUAUUGCACCAACAGGAACAGUUUCAGGUGUACAUGCAGCUACAGGAGAGCUCAAGUGGCGGCUUGUGCUGAGUGAGGGCUGGGAUUUGCUGCAGCAGCAGCAAAUAGGGCCUUUGCUGCUGCUGCUAGCGAAUGUAAAUCACCCUUUGUCUGCAGCAGCAGCACCACCACCAGAAGCAACAGAAGCAGCAGCAACAGCAGCAGCAGCAGCAGCAAAAAGGGGAACUCUGCAUGCAAUUGACCUCAGAGACGGUGUGCUGCUGUGGAAGGCGGGCGUAGACAUCAGCAGCUUUGCUGCUGCUGCUUCGGGACCCACACCAGAUGCAGCAGCAGCAGCAGCAGCAGCAGCAGCAGAAGCAGUGUUUGUUGCUGGGGUUACACCUCGGGGCCUGGAGACGAGGGACGCCUUGUCAGGGCGUGUCUUGUGGACGCAGCCCCUCAGCAGCAGCAGCAGCAGCAGCAGCAGCAGCAGCAACGGCAACAGCAGCAACAGCAGCAGCAGCACAACCCUUGGUCUUGUGUCUGUACAGCUGGAUAGCGAAGGGGAGCAGCAGCAGCAGGCUGCUUUCUGUUUGUUGCAGCAGCAAACGCAAGGCGGCAAACUCAGCAGCAGCUGCUACCACGCAUGGAACGGGCAGCAGCAGCAGCAGCAGCAGCAGCAGCAGCAACAGAAGCAGCAGCAGCAGCAAGCAGCACUCGGCCCUUCCGAAUCUGUUUCCAUUAUACCCCUUGAAGGAAAUUGUUUCGCCCUGAAGAAUGAAUCCGGUUUGUCCGGUGAAGACUGGACAGUGACUCCUUUACACUCUCUCGAGCGAGAGAAACCAUAUCAGGAGGAGCUGCCUACAGCAGCAGCAGCAGCAGCAGCAUGGAGAGCUGCUGGGGUGUCUCCUCAGGGCCCUAGUGUAGCUGCGGCGUUGGCGUUUGUUGCUGCAGCAGAACAGCAGCAACAGCAGCAGCAGCAGCAGCAGCAGCCGCAGCUGCUGCUGCUGCUGUCGGAUUUCUCGCUGCUGCUGCUGCAGAAGGGUUUAGGCGUCUCGUGGCUGCGAGAAGAGGAAGAAGAGAGUGAUGCUGCAGCAGCAGCAGCAGCAGCAUCGCGGGGCCUCAUGCACGCUGCAGCAGCAGCAGCAGCAACAGCAGCAGAAACAACUGUAGCAACAGCAGUUUCGAUUGCUACUGCUGUCGGCGGCGCUGCUGCAGAUGUUGCUGCUGCUCUCGUAUCCAAGGGUUUAGGGUUUGCUGCUUCACUGCUUGGGCGUCAGGAAACCCCCCCUGAAGUUGCAGCUGCAAGUCGCGCGAGCUUGUCUCCUCUCUUCAACUUUAGGCUGUCUGCUGCAUCUAAGUUAGCAGCUCUUGGGCUGCAGCAGCAGCAACAGCAGCAGCAGCAGCAGCAAGGAGCGGAGGAGCAGCAGCAGCAGCUUCAGCUCGCAGCAGAGAUGCAUUUGAAGAACAAAGCGCAGCCAUUCGGCUGGAGGCAUAUUACCGUUGCUGCGAACUGCAACAAUAAGGUGUAUGGGCUGCACGCAGCCACGGGUUUGCUGCUGUGGCAGCUGCAACUUCCAAGCAGCAGCAGCAGCAGCAGCAGCAAGAGCAGCAGCAGCAGCAGCACGACUUGCUGCUGUUUAAAUCAGCUGCAGACAAGCAGCAGCCAUCUAGCUGCUCGCGCAGCAGCAAACGGCAAGGCUAACUGGGGCCCCUCCGGCGACAGCUGCAGCAGAGACGCAGCUCAGCAGCAGCAGCAGCAGCAGCAGCAGCAGGGGGCAUGCGAUUGGCAGCUGAUAUCUCUUGAGCUUGUGGGGCCGCACAAGGCGACGGUCUUUGCUGCUCUCGUCAACCCAAAGACACAGGAGACAGAGCUGCUGUGGAUUGAUCUCGGCAGAGGGGAAGUGCAGCAGCAGCAGCGGGUGCCGUUUGCUGCUGCUGCAGUUCUCCCGCUGCAGCAGCUGGAGCUACAAGAUGCAGCAGCAACAGCAGCAGCUGCUGCUGGAGCAAAAGAACAAACACCAGAUUUGCUGCUGCAGCGGCUGCAGCACAGCAGCAGCGCCGUCGUGCUGCUGGGGAAACAGAAGCCGCAGCAGCAGCAGCAGCAGCAGCAGCUCCUGCUGUAUCUCGCAGAGCCGCAGCACCAGAUCGCGCCUUCUGCUGCAGUGACGGACGAGAUUCCCCUCCCGCUGGCCCAUCUGCUUUCUUCGCGACUUUCUUUUUAUAUCACUGAUGACUGCAGCGGCUUAAUUGAGGGUUUUUCUGUUGUACCUUUCGAGACGUUGAAGGGGGGAUCUGUGAAGAUGAGGGCAGCGCCGACUUGGGCUCUUGACUUCGCAGCUCAGAAGCAAAUUAUUCUUACAACGGCUAACGCCAUGCACCGCUCUCUUCGCCAGGUGCCUGUCUUUGUGCAUGCGGAUGUCUCUGUGGGGUAUAAACACAUCGACCCAAACCUUGUUGCUGUUGUUACUGCUGACGAGGGUUUAGGAGGCGCUUUAAUGCUGCACCUGCUUAAUUCAGUCUCUGGGGAAAUCGCACAUCAGCAGGUUCUUCCUUCAGGGGCCUCGAAGCCCCUCCUUGUUGCUGUGUGCGAGGACUCGGUGUAUGUACACUUCUGGAAUAUCUUCGCUGCGCGGUUUGAGUUGUUGGUUGUUACUCUGACUGAAGACAGGCCGGACCCAGGUCCUUUGGGGUUAAUAUUCCCCUCUGCUCGCCGCAGCCCUCACAAAUCAGGGUUUGGGUUAGGGCGGCCUUUAGGAGACAGUAGAAGUUAUAUAUCUGCUUGGAGUGUAUCUGCAGCUGUACUUACAGCAACAGCGCAGGGCAUCACCCCGAGGGCUUUGGUUCUUGCAAGCAGCAGCACGCAGCAGAUUCACCUGCUGUCUACCCGCUUAGCGAACGCGAAGCGUCCGCUGCCUCCUGCAGCAGCAGCAGCAGCAGCAGCAGCAGCAGGAGCCGCAGCGCCUGAGGCUGCUGCUGCAACAGCUGCAGCAGCAGCCCCUGAUAAUAUCCCCAUGUACACCCCUUUGCUUCCUCUAAACCCAGUAGACUGUCUCUACUACGGAAGGAAGGUGUCUCAAGUGCGGGGUCUCCUUGCGCAUCCAUCGGAGAGGGAGUCGACUUCUUUGGUGUUUGCAUUUGGUUUAGAUCUUCUUUAUUCUCCUGUUCAGCCUGCAAGUGUUAGCUAG